CUUUUUCUUCUUUUGUGAUUGAUUUUGGCCUCUAUUUUCUUCCUCCAUGGAGGCAGACAAACAAGCAAACGCAGAAUCCAAGCAGGUGACACAUUACAAUCGCGGUUACCUGUAGGCUCUAGCUACGUUUACGUCUUCUUCCUUGUUAUGUUACGGCGUCGUUUUUGCACCGAAAGAAGGAAGCGACGACGACAAUAUUGAUAUUGUGAAGACUCCAUCUGUCCAUUUCUCUGUCUCUUGUUGUCUGCUAGCUCCGAUCCGAUCAUCGAAACCCUAGCACUUGACAAGCAUUCCAGUUCCAGAGACUGAAUUGUCUAUUAUAUGCUGGAUUUUAAUUUCUGAGGUGGGAAUUGGAGAUAGAUAUAGACAGAUCAUUGUUAAUUCAGAUAGAUGGAGAAGUCUGAGGGUGAUCAUGUGAUCACUCUCAAUUUCUAAGAGAGAGAAGGGAGACUUUAAUUAGAGCGAGUAGAAGAUGAUGCAGAGAAGGAGUCCACCAAAGCACAGGCACGACGGGACUUCGCCGCUGCCUUUGGGAAUGGAUUGGAGUCCUCCACCGCGAAAAUGGAAUGGGCGGGAUACAAUUUGGCCGCAUGAUCCUAGAUCAGGCUGGAGUUACUGUCUCACUAUACCUUCCUGGGUUGUUCUUCCAAAGUCAAGAGAUUCAGAUCCCGUAGUGUUUUAUAGGGUUCAGGUUGGUGUACAGUCACCAGAAGGGAUUACAACUACACGUGGAGUAUUGAGAAGAUUUAAUGAUUUCCUGAAGUUAUUUAGUGAUCUUAAAAGGUCAUUUCCCAAGAAAAAUCUUCCACCAGCUCCACCCAAGGGACUACUACGAAUGAAAAGCAGAGCACUUUUGGAAGAGAGAAGGUGCUUAUUGGAGGAGUGGAUGACAAAGCUGCUAUCUGACAUUGAUUUAUCUCGAAGCAUGGCAGUGGCAUCUUUUCUUGAACUAGAAGCUGCUGCGAGGUCUUCAUUUCAGGAUGCCAAUCAGCAAUUAUCAGAGGCAGGUCCUGCUGUUGAUAGCACACUUUCUUCACUUCAGACACCUCCACAUUCAACAACUUCUGCAGUUGUUGGUAGUUCAUCUGUUGCGUCAGAUUAUGGUAGUGAUACUGUGUAUGAAACAUCCGAGCUUGGAACACCAAGGCUAGGAAGGAAUGAACAUUUUGAACUUGGAGUGGAAGAUCUAACUUUGGAAGAAGAUUUGACAAAUCCAAUAGAAAAGUUUGUGAAGUAUGGCAUGUCCAACAUUGAUGAAGGACUGUUUAUGGGACAGACUAUUUUAGAGCAGCUUGAAGGUUUUCCAAGACAUAAACGGCAUGACACACAAGUGAAUAAUGCCAUAGUAAAGGAUACGUAUGAUGGAAAUGCUUCUAAAGCCUCCUUUCUUGCUGGCAAUGGGAUGGAACUUUUCAACGAGCCAGAGCAUGGCAAGGUUUUUGGUCAUACUCGAAAGUUAUCUAGUGAAAGUGUUGGAAGUGAUGGAAGUUCUCUAAGAGGCAGUGAAUUAUCAAAUUCAGGCAUGCCAAAUUCAUAUGGUGAUGGGUCUCUCGAUGUGACAGGAGGUACUGAGGUUUUAGGUAUGGCAGGAAUUCUCGGCAGUACAGAGUUGCAAUUUACAGGUGAUGCACAUGUAGUCCUCCCAGUGGAUCAGCGUAAUAAAAUGAACAGGUCUCUACUGACCAUGCAGCGGAGAUUAGUCACGGCUAAAACAGACAUGGAGGACCUUAUCGCAAGAUUAAAUCAAGAAACAGCUGUGAAAGGUUACCUUGCAACAAAGGUCAAGGAUUUGGAGGCAGAACUUGAAACUACCAAACAGAGAAAUAAAGAAAACCUUCAGCAAGCUAUUUUGAUUGAGAGGGAAAGGCUCACCCAAAUGCAGUGGGAUAUGCAGGAACUUAGGCGGAAAUCAUUGGAAAUGGAGUUGAAAUUGAAGUCUAAAGAGGAUGAAAAUUCAAGCACAGAAUUAAAAAUGGGAUCCUCAGAUGAGGAUAAAGAUGUGGCAUUGCAGGAGUUGGAUGCUACUAGAAAGCAGCUUGAGAGUUUGUCAAAACAGUACGAGGAGUUAGAAGCAAAAUCAAAGGCAGAUAUUAAAUUUCUUGCUAAAGAGUUCAAAUCCCUCAAAAACUCGCAAGCAGAACUAAAGCAAGAGCUUAGUCAAUCACUGAAAGAGAAAUCUGAGGUUGAGAAAUUUCUUCAAGAGGAAAGAGAAAUAAGCACACGUGAGAGAAAUGCUCGAAAAAAGUUGCUAGAAGAUUGCAAUAAUAUUUGCAACCUGCUUCAACAGUGCAAUUCCUAUUUGCCCAGCAAGGAGGAUGAUAAAUCUAUCAUGGAAUCCUCAGUGGCGGAUGCUUUAGAUUUGUUGUCUAGAUCAGAUGAUCAAAUUGGGCUUCUACUUGCAGAGGCACAAGCAUUAUUUGUGGAUGAUAAAAUUACUGCGGCUGUAAAGGAUGAUGAUACAUGGGCAACAGAUCAAGAUCUGAGGAAUAUACUAGCAAAUGUAUUCACUGAUAAUGCUAAUUUAAGGAAACGGGUGAAUUCCAUCUUGCGUAAAGCUCUUCAUACAGGCAACACAUCUAGAAAUAGCAGCGAGACUCCUUCAGCCACAACUGAUCAUGUAGAAAGAUGAGUCACACAUACAUCUUGUAUUUUAUAUUUUUCAAAAAUUUUAACAGUACCAUUACAGGCAUUUGAUCACCUGCUUUAAAUGGUUGAUCUAAACUCGUGUAAUCUUGUGUUCCCACUUAUACAAGCCAUAAAUCACCAAGAAACUGUCUUUUUCGUGUUGUAUUUUUGUGCUCUAGAAAUAACAGAGUAGAAAUAUGAGAUGCGAUUGUGCCAAGCUUUGUAUUAUUUUUCUCAUAGUAUUUUGUUGGAUGUGUGCUGUGUUUACUGUUUA